AUGUUGCAUACUGUGGAAGACAGCAGUGCCUUGGACCUGUGCCUGGAAGUUCUGGUGCAGCUUAUAGUGGAGCUGAAGUCGGAGCAGUACUUACACUGUAUUUUGGAUGAAAGCCAAAAAGAGCUGUGCAAGGCAACCACCAUGAGAGGCAGCUUGCCCACAUUCACUCUCUUGGGCAGGCUAGCAGAUGCCAUUCCUGUCCUAGCUGAUUUACUGGUGGUAGAGCACAGUAAUGUCGUGGAUCACCUGCUGAUGGGCUUGACGUAUCCAAAUGAAGGUGUAAAGGCUGCUGUGUGCUAUCUGUACGGCAAGCUGUACUCCUCUCCUGUUGGCACAGAGCGGCUCUCGGCACACUUCACAGAAAAGCUCUGCGCCCUCUUCUUGAAUACCUUGGGCCAUGCCCAGACAAAGGAGCUCCAGGUUAAUUGUUUGGGUUUGCUUAAGGAGCUGCUGAAAUCUGACCAUUUUGUGUCCAUUCUUAUGAAUAAUUCGAUAGAGGAGGAGUGUAAGAACCCUGACUUUUUAGAAGGCGAAAACCCACUGCCACUUAUUCUCAAAAAGUUUUUGUUAAGCAGAGACCAGAUGUUACAGGCAGCAAGUUCUCACUGUAUGGCAGCAGUGCUGGUUCACUCUCCCAGCAGAUAUGCUCCUGCCUUUAUCCAUGCCGAUGUCCCAGAAUUCCUCUUUGAAUGUCUCUCAUGCACCAAUGAAAUACUCAUCUGGUCAGUCUAUUGCUGCUUGCUGCUCCUAACUGAAGAGCGCCUUUUCUUCUCCAAGUGUCACACGGUGUAUGGUGUUGAAUCUCUGGUGAGAAGCCUCCGGGAUGUCCUGCAGCUGAGCAAUGUAGAGUUGCACAAGCAAGGGCUGCUGCUUUUCACUGAAAUCCUGAAAAGGCAACCAGUGGAAAUCAAAUUAUUCACAAACCGAGGUAUAUGUAAAGAAGCCAUAGAAGUGCUGCUGGAGACAGUGAACUGCCCAGUGCUAGAGGUGGCAGUGGAGGCUGUGAAGGCUGUGGCAGCCUUUCUGAGGAAGGACCAUCUGAGCUGCCCCCCUAUCCUGUAUGCAGAGCUGCAGAAGCUGCUGGAGGCAGUGCUGAAGCGAUGCGCAGACCUUUCCCCACCACAGAGCAGCAAGAGGCAUGCAGGUGACCUCCUGUUCUCAGUGCCUCAGAGUCACACAGGAAACAGAAACCUUAGCAGAGUUCCUCAGAGACAGGGCCAGUUCUUGCUUCAUACCCUGGAAAGUUUCAGAAAUGCUUGUAGGUUGGCAGUGGAGUUCCAGAGUGACCCGAUGGCCCAGGAGAAUGCUUUCACUGCCCCCAACUCUGAGAGCAAGGACACUCUAAGCAACUUCUCUGAGUUUCUGUUGAGGAUUUGUGACAAUCUCUGCAUCCCCAUGGUCAUGAGCUACCUGGAAAGGGCUGUCAGCCCGUCAGUGAUGGAGGUUUUCAUAUCAACCCUUAAUAUCUUGUUUACAGUGAUGCCAAACAUGAGGGAUAAAUUCUCCAAAAAGCUGGCAUCCUCCUCCUUCAUCCGCCUGACAUUGGAGCUGAAGGCCAGAUUUUGCUCCGUGCAAAGUAAUCCUGUCUUGAAUCAAGCAUGUUCCAGCUUCCUCUACAACUUGUGCCUGAGCCUCUACUCUGCAAUGGAGAAGGAGGGAGAUUCUUCUCAAAAUGAGCAAGAGAUGUUUGAGCUCCUGCAGAAGGGCCUGCCUCAGUUAAACUACACGCUUCCUGAAAGCCUUCUCCUCCUGACUGAAAAUCCUGAACCUUUGUCUUUGGAUCAGUCUCUGUGCAGCCACCAGUAUUGCUUCAUACUCCUCUUAUACUUUGCCUACACCCUUGGGGACAGGUUUGUCCCAGAGGCAGAAUUAUUUUUAGCCAUAAAAAGUUUCCUUCUAUCAGCACAGGACCGUGGAGACUGUCCCCCUCCAUACAUAUUCAGAGCUGUGCUUCACCUCCUUGCUGUCUGUCAGGACAAAAGCAACGACCUGGACUUGAGGUCAUUAUGCGCCAUAAAGAGGAUCCUGGAUAAUCUCCCAGAUCUGGGCUUGGUCUACGUUCACUGUCCUCUUUUGCUGAGUUUUUUCCUGCGCUAUCCUGAAUUUAUGGGCAGAUUUGGACACCAGAUCCUCCAACUCUGGUUUUCCCGGGAAGACGGCAAUCAAAGUGAGGCUGAACAAGCUGGUUUUGACAUGUCUGAGCAGCUGAAGAGGGCCAACCCUUUGCUUCCCAUUCUGAAGAGCAAUUCAAGCGUUUUACUUAUUUUACUGGACUUGGUCUGCUCAAGCUCUGUGGACGUGGCUCAGAAGGUGCUGGUGACUCUAAGAUCCUUCUUGGAAAGAAAUGAGGAUGUCCUUGUCUGUGACCUCCUCCGGAGUCAGUUCCUGCAGAUCCUGCAGCAGCUGCUGGUAGAGAGCAGCUCUGCCUCCUUACAAGCUAACAGGAACCUGCCUCUUUUGCUGAACCUCCUUUUCCUGGUGCAUCUGCGGAGCAGGGAUGUGAGGGAGCUGGACAGCACAGACUUCAGGCUGCUUCACCAGGUGAGUAAUCUCUGUGGGAAAUGUACGCCGAGGGACACUGACCUCCUGCAGCCAUCCUUGAAUUUCUUGUACUGGAGCCUUCAUCAAACAACAUCUAGCAGUCAACAGAGAGCUGUGGCUGUGCUGCUGUCCAACGUGUCCUUGCUAGAGCUGCUGCAGAAGGUUUUGCAGCGCACCUGGUUGUGGUCCUGUCCCUCUGCGUCCACUUCCCUGUCAUCUGAAGAUGCCUUGCUCUGCUCUGUGUGGCUGUUGGUGGCUUCCCUCUUAGUUUAUCAGCAUCAGUACAAUGCUGAGGUUCACCAGACGCUCUCCCUAGACCUUACAGAUGUCCUGAAUGCAAUCAUCUUCAGGAAGAAGAAGCCCAUCCUGCUGCUAGUAAGCAUCCUGCAGGUCCUGAGAGCUGUCCUGCGACAGAACUUCUCCUCUCUGCUGGUGACUGUCAUCCAACCCACAGCCCAGGGUGUGAGGGAACUGCAGCUGACAUCUCUGGAGGAUUCUGCCCUGCACCCCCUUGCUUCAUGGCAGGUCUUAUCCCUUGUUGUCAGUCUGCAGAACCUCCUGGUGCAUGUCUAUUUGCAGAAAGACUUGCUGCUCUCUCAAGCUGUGGUUGCCUGUCUGGAAACCUUACUGGAGUACCUGUAUGUGAAGAACCAGGAUGUUGCGCUACAUGUUGCCUCACAGCCCUGGCACCGGUUCCUGCUCUUCACUCUACUCAGUGGGGGACGGAAGUCCUUUCUACAGCCAGAAAUUCUCAGGCUCAUGGCUUUGUUUGUGAGAUACCAGAACAACAAUAUUAUUUCUCAAAGAGAAAUAAGCCAGAUUCUCCAGGAAGCAGCAGAAGCCGAGUUAUCAGAGCUGCCUGAGGCCACAUGUCGUGCUCUCCACCUCUUUCUUCGUCAGAUUCAGAGCACUUGUCAACAGAUGGAGCCAGUGCAGGCAGGGACAGUCCAGACCUUGAUGGAGAGCCUGGGACGGAUGAGGAUGCCUGCAAAAUAUCAGGACAUUGUGUAUCCUUUUGCUGGGCCAAUGCCUUUGAUAUUUGAUACUAGAGUAGUAUGUGUAGCAGGUAGAAAUUAA